AUGGUGCCACUGGGGCUACAGCCAGCCCAGAGCCUGUCUCCUGCUCCUUCUUGGGCCUGCAGCCCUGGAGAAUUUGCACAGCCAGGUAGGCGCGCCGUUGUGGGCAGUGGGCGACGGCGGCGGGCGAGCGGCCAGGCUGACCACCUCUGCUUGACCCAGAGCCCUAAGGGGCAGGUCCGUAAGGGCCGGGCCCGCGGCCUGCGCGCGACCUCCUUCGGCUGGCGCUUCCGGCUGUGGUCCCUAGGACUCUUCUGCCCCGAGCGUCGCCUGGCCAGGUGCCUUAAGAACAACAGCUUCUUCCCGUUCGAGCAGCAGCAGCCAAACGUCUUCGUGCUGGAGUACUACCAGGACACGCUGUGGAAGGGGAUGCUGCUCCUCGCCGUCUGCGUGGUCCUGGUCAGCGUCAGCUCCCUGAGAAAGGUGCAGAAGCAGGAGACCUGGGUCUUCCCCGCGUACGGCGUGGCGGUGGGCCUGUGGAUGGUGGUGUCAUCGCUGCCGCGGCGCCGCCUGGUGCUGAACCACCCGCGCGGCGUGUACCACUUCUCCAUCCAGGGCCGCGCGGUGUGCCAGGGCCCCCUGCACCUGGUCUACGUGCGCCUGGCCUCCAGCUCCGACGCCUACGGAAGAUGCUUCUUCCAGCUGGUCCUCGGCGGCCACAGGUUGGAGCCGCUGGUGCUGGUGCAGCUGUCGGAGCACUACGAGCAAAUGGAAUACUUGGGCCGUUACAUGGCCCGGAAACUCAACAUCAACUACUUCGACUACCUGGCCACUUCCUACCGGCACGUGGUUCGCCACUGGCCACCCUCUAGCACCCCCUCCGUGUUGCACAAGAGCCUCGUGGACAAGGCCAGCUCCUCUCAGUCCAACCUGGAGGUGUGACUCCGAGGGCCACCCCCACCCCAGGACUGCGUUCUUCCCAACCUCCCAGCACCCCACUCUGGGGCAGAUCGAAUAUGAGUCCCACUCACUGGCCU